AUGCGGGUGUCCGGUGGGGCCGGCGGGGUUGGCGGAGUCGGCAGGACCGGCGACGAGGCCGGCGAAGAGGCCGUCGAGGAGCCUGGGCCGGGCGCUGAAGAAGCGCUCGCGGCCCGGGCUACGGACUCAACGGGAGUCGGUGGCGCCAUGCCCACCGGCGAGGAAGCAGCCGGACCGUCGGAAGCCGUCGAGGAGCCCGGGUCAGGCGCAGGAGAUGCGCUCGCUGACCGGGCUGCGGACUCAACGGGAGUCGGGGGCGCCGUGGCCGCUGGCGAGAGGUCCGGGUCCGACGCCGCGGACCCAGAGCGCGGCCCAGGCAUAGCCGGGGCGCCAAAGCCGGGAGUGGGCCCACGCGCUGCAGGGGGCCCGAAGCCGGGAGGGGGCCCGAGCGCGAGGGAGCAGCCUCCUGGAGAGGCGCCAGGAGGCGUCGGUGAUGAGGGCGAGUCAGCCGGCGGCGGUACCUGGUGA